UGAUUGUAUAGUUGUCUGUGGUUUACGUACUUUUUGUCAAGAGAAUUUAUUUUUACGUGAUUUGGAAUUGGAUUCUAUUGUGGAUAAAUUAAUCUAAACCGAAUUCCGACUAUUACUUUUUAGAUAGUUCAAUAGCUUCUAAUAUAAAUUCCGAAAAUCUAAUGUUGUUUUUGAUUUAACAAAAUGGCUCAUUUGCAAUAUAUACCGGGCGAUCCACGCUUAGUCGAUCAAUUAGUUUACGAAUUAAAAUCCAAGGGAAUUUUCGAUCAGUUCCGCAAAGACUGCAUAGCUGAUGUAGACACGCGUCCAGCUUACCAGAACCUGCGGCAGAGGGUGGAGAACUCUGUAGCUACGUUCCUCUCACGGCAGACUUGGCAACCUGAUAUGAAUAAGAACCAAUUGCGAGAGAAACUAAGGAAACACAUACUUGAUGGAAAUUACUUGGAGCAGGGUGUGGAGAGAAUAGUAGAUCAAGUUGUCAAUCCUAAAGUGGCUACAGUCUUUAUUCCUAAAGUAGAAGACUUAGUAUACAAAGUACUAGGCAUAACAAAAAAGAAGUCUCCUUCUGCAGAGACAUCAAAUGAAAAAGUUGAAGAUUUACUUCCCAAUGAUUUGGAAGCUGUCAGUCCUGGGUCUGUUAAAAGCAAUGAUGACAAAAGUGAAGCAAUGGAUGUGGAUAGUACACAAGAUAAUAAAAUGGAUAUAGAUGACGAAAAAUCCAAGUUAGAUACAAAUGAAAAUAGUUUUAUUUUGGAAUCAGAGAAAGAAAAUACAGGAGAUAUUCAACUUCCAAGUAACAUACAAAAUGAUGAUGUGGAUAAAAGUAAUAUACCACUACCAUCAGAAGAAAUAAAACCAGAAAAUAUUCCGUCACCUGACACCAGUCCUCCUAAACUAGAACUAGAAAAAAUUGAACUACCAAAAGAACCGAUUAUAUCAACAGACAUACCAUUACCCAAUGAUAUAUGUAAAGAAGAAAAAGAUCAGUAUUUUAAACCGGUUAACAGUGAAGACGAUGAAUCUAGUUCUGGUUCAUCACUCAGAAGAAACAUGUCUCCUUUAACACCAAUUAGAAACUUCAAUAAUGAAAACUCUUGUGAUGCUCAGCAAGCUUUCGAAAAUGAUUCAACAGAUAAUAAAAGUGAAGACAAAAAAGAACCUAGUACAUUCAGAUUUAAAAUUGAUGGAAAGAUAUCAGAAAAUAGUUCGGAUGCAGUUAAAGCAGAGAAGAAGGAAACAGAGACUAAUUUAUCUUAUCAGUUUAACAGUCAAGUGAAUAUAAACAAUUUUAAUACACCACUUUAUGAAGACAGUUCAAAUAGCAACAAUUUACGUAUUGAUUAUGAAAGUGAUGCAAACAGUAAAGUUAAUAUUGAGAUAAAAGCACCUGAUAACGAUCAAACUUCAGAAGAUUCGAGAAAGGAAAAGAAAACUGAAGAAAAGAAAAGUAGUCACAAAAGUUCACAUCGUUCUAGAGAGUCUCACAAACAUUCUAGUAGUAACGACAAAAGAUCUGAUUAUAAACACUCUAAUUCCAGAGAUAGUUCUAGCAAACAUGACAAAAAUAAAUCUUCUAAAGAUGAAAAUAAAUCUAAAUCAAGUGAUAAAGAUAAAUCAAAGGACAAAAAUGAGAAAAAAGAUAGCAGCAGUAGAGAAUCCUCGAGACAUAGAAGCUCUCACAAAUCAAGUCACAGAGACUCUAAAUCUCAUAGGAGUACCAGUUCAAGUGGACACCAUUCUAGUAAAAAUUCUGAUGAGAAAAAAUCAUCAUCGUCGUCAUCUAGUCAUAAAGACAAAAGUUCCGACAAAAGCUCUUCUGAGAAGUCAAAAGAUUCAAAAUCAAGUUCUCAUAAGUCUAGCAAAGACAGAAAAAGUAGCAGUAGUAGCAGGAGUGAUAAAAGCAACAGCAAGAGUAAAAAUGACAAAGACAAAGAUAAAAAAGGCAAAAAGGAGAAUGAUGAUCACUACAGCUUAUCUGGUAGAGGAAAUCCUAAUAGGCGAUCUACUGAUAGAGACUCUAACGACGGCAGUUCUUCUUCCAAAGGUUCCCAUAAUCCUUCGAGCUCCAAAUCUUCAAGCAGUAAAAAGGAUAGCAAAAGCAGUUCAAAAUCUGAAAGUACCUCCACUAGUGGUGAAUCCACAAGUCCUAGUGAUAAGGAAAAUAUUAUUCAUGAACAUACUAGCAAAACUAGGGAGGCUCUACAGCAGAAACCGAUAGUUCGAAUUGAGAAACAUUUGGAAGUGGCUCUCAAGUCUCCUCCAAGAUUACCUUUUGUACCAGAUGUGACAAUCAAAAAGCCAAAAUUUGCCGCAAAUUUAGAAGAAGCAAAAAGAUUGAUGAAAAUGCGCAAGUUUUUAGAUGAAGAGCAAAAAAGGAUGAAUCAAGAAGCGGCUUUGCUCCUUGAAUUCCAAGCCAAUGUAAGGCCUAGCAUGAGUCAGGUCUACUCUAGUAUACCGGGUCCUGAACUAGAGUUUGCGUGUGUUUCAAAUGUAGGGAAUUCCCAAGAAAUGGUUGUCCAAAGCAAUGAUAAUAUUAGUAUCCUAAAUGAAGAACGGGAAAAUAUAAAUACUGCAACAGUAGAACAUGAUAAUGUAUCAACAAUUGAGGAAUCCAAUUAUACGAAUAACGAAUUAGUAACAGUAUUAAAUGAAGCGAACAGUGAAGGUUAUGAGAUGCAAUCUGAUAACAAUAUAAAUCAAACAAGCAUAAAAAUUAAUGAUAGUGCACAAGGAUGCGUUGUAAUUGAAGAAAGUAACGGACAAAUCAAUUUAAAAUCUGAAACUGUGAGUGAAAAUCAUGUUCAAGAGAAUGAUAAUGUUUCUACUAUAUAUGUUAUUGAAGAAUCACAAGAUACGAAAUGUGAUGAUGUAGAAAAAGAAUCAAUAAACGAAAACAUCGAUAUCAUUGAACAAAUUGAUAAUGAAGGAAUGGCUAUAAAAAAUGAUGAAAUACUGAACGAAACAAUCGAGAGACCCCAAAAUAGAGAUACUAAACACUACACAAAUCUAUUUGAGAUCACUGUUAUUGCGGAAGCUUUAUCAGAGAACGAGAACUCGACAGAUGAUUUCAUACGUGACGUUAAAUGUGACGUCACUGAUGACGUUACAGAUACACCAGAAGUCGUGAACUGUGACACAAACGACACAUUGACUGACAAUGAAAAAAUUGAUGAAACACCUCAUGAAGCAGAAGAAGAUGCAAAAAUUAAUGGUGAAGAUAAAUUGCGCUACUUCGGUGAACACGAAAAAUACAAUGCUGAAAUAGAAAGGGCACAAUUCAACAACUUUUUCAAAGAGUACACGACAAAGAUUGCCCAAACCAACAAACUGUAUCUCAUAAACUGCGACUCCUACGAGGAAAACGUAAUUCGCGAAGUCUCCAAAGAUUUGGGCAACUUCGAAAUAGUCACCUACCAUAAAAAUGGGCAUUUGAAACUGCCCAUAAAUAAAAAUGUGAUCAAAAACGUAAAUAUUUCAACAGAAAUAUCUCUACCAAUGGAUACAGAAUACAGUGACAAUUAUUAUGAUGAACAAUCAAAUCAAAUGUUCAGUCCAGACAAAUCUGAAUGCUCUUUUGAAUUGAGUGAAUACGAUACAAAAUUAGAAGAAAUGGUCAACAAAACAUCUCGGCAAGAGAUAAUGGAAAUCAUACUCGGCAAUGUCAUAGACACGUCAGCCAAUAAAAUGCCACAGAUAGAUUAUUGUUCUGAAUCCAACAUUGACAGUGAUUAUGAAAACUCUUUGAAGAGGAAAAUUUGUGAGAUCAAUGAGAUUAGUGAGGAAACUGCCAGCGUGAACAAUAACAGGCCAGUUUUGACUCCAAACAAAAUUAGGAAAUUGAGUACUGACCAAAUUACAUCAACGACUCAGGAAAAUGAGGAUACACCGCACAAUAAAACCCAAAAUGUGACCCGCUCAAAGUAUUUGGGUAAAGCGAGGAGAGUGGGGCUGCCUCGACCUAAGAGAACAAUGCUGCCCAACAGUCCAUCAAGCGACAAGUCAGUAGAGAACUACGAACAGAACUCCCCCACCCCCACCCCCAAUGGCAGGCUCAAGAGGACCAAAGUGCAGCGAUACGACACCUCGGACCUCUACAAACCCAAGCUGCACUAUCUCUCGCGACGGAACCACAUCACUUGAGGGCCAGCACUACUGCACUGUGAAAUGGAGAGUAUUAUAUUAUUAUAAAUUAUAGAAAUGUUAUAUUAAGGUGUUCGCCCACUACACUGUUAUAGAUGUUCUGAUUUAUAAUAAGACGAGCUGGCUUGGCAAAUGUUGGUUUUCCAUGAAAAUUUUUGUUAAAAUAUUAUCAGCUCAUUGUAAGUGUGUAAGAGGAUGUAUAUGGUUGAGAUUAAAUUACUAUUAUCUCUAUUAAAAUAAAUCUAUUAAAUUAAAUUUGGAUUGAUGCUAGAAGAGUCAAAUUUUACGGUUGUAUGUCAAAAUUUUUCCAAAAAAAUUAAAUUUUUGGGUGGACCACCCUUAUCAAUUAGACGUAUAACCUACUAAAUAUAUAUAUAAAACCUCAUCAACAGAGGAGUAUGGCAACUAACAAAUAAUAUAUAUUAUAUAUAAAUAUUAUGAACUAACUAAAAAUGGCUAUGUCUAUACGCUGCGUGAGGAUUACCAGCAAAAUCUAUGACUUGCGUAAAGACUUUGCCCUCUCUAGAAGUGCAGCUAGUUCUAUAUUAGAACAAGUAUCCAAAGCUGCUCUAAUAGGAUCUUACCAAAUUUGGCUAGGCAGGGAGAACAACACGAGCAGAGAACGGGGCGUGUUGAUCGAUCGUCAAGGAAUUCCUUAACCCUACAUCCAGUAGUCACAAGUCCUGGACUUCGGAGUUUUUCUCUACCACGCGAUGGACCCGGCACCUGCACGGUGAAUCCAUGGAAUGCUAAGAUAUUCGUCUUGUAAAUUGAGAAUUUUAUAUACAUAUAUUAUGUAUGUGUAUUUCGACGACCUCCGUGGCGCAGUGGUGUGCGCGGUGGAUUUACAAAACGGAGGUCCUGAGUUCGAUCCCCGGCUGGGCAGAUUGAGAUUUUCUUAAUUUGUUCAGGUCUGGCUGGUGGGAGACACCCUACCGGCAAAGACGUACCGCCAAGCGAUUAAGCGUUCCGGUACGAUGCCGUGUAGAAACCGAAAGGGGUGUGGAUUUUCAUCCUCCACCUAACAAGUUAGCCCGUUUCCAUCUUAGACUGCAUCAUCACUUACCAUUAGGUGAGAUUGUAGUUUGAGGGCUAACUUGUAAAGAAUAAAAAAAAAUGUGUAUAUAAAAUUCUAUAUAUAAUAUAUGUCAUAUAUAGUUAUAAUUAGACAGAUUUUGGCUUUAGGUGUAAUAGUAAUAUGGCGAAAUUCUUACAUUAGCAUAGCUAUAACCAAGGAACGGCUGGAUCGUCACCAGAUUUUAUUGACAAUAUACUUAUUUAUUAUAUUUAUGAAGCCCCCUCUAAUUCUGAGAGAAGACUCGAGCUCAGCAGUGAGCCGAAUAUGGGUUGGGUUGAUGAUUAUAUUAAUGUUGGUGUAGUGGACAUACACCUUUAUGUUAAAAAUUAUAUUAUUGUUUUGAAAAUGUCUGUAAAUCUAGAAAUAUUUCAUCAAGUUUUUUUUAUAAUAAUAAAUAAGUAUAUAAUUAUUAAGACAUACUUUGUAUUUAAGUUUGUGAAAUGUACCUUAUUAUAAUAUAAUAAACAUUCUUAAUAAUAAUAAAGAAAUGUGUAUGAA